UGAUUGCAGGCGUUUCAAAGUCAGUGGUAAACAGAUUAAAAAUAAAAUUGGACCAAAAUCUGCCUUUAGAAGUUUACCGAACAGGCAAGAGUGGACGAAAACGCAUCACUAUUCCACGUACUAAUCGCAAAAUUAGGAAUAUUUGCCUUUAGAACAGAAAGUUAAGUGUUGCACGACUCACAACGCUCAUAAACAAUGAUGGAAUUGCUGUCUCGAAGAGAACUGUGCAAAGCAGAUUGGCUGAGGAAAAGCUAACUGGCCAUCGACCCACUAUAAAACCACAUUUGAAUUCAUUUAUGAUGAAGAAGCGUCUGGAAUGGGCUUGAGCACACCAGCAUUGGACUAUUGAAGAUUGGAUAAAGUGUGUUUCUCAGAUGAAUCUCGACUUUUGAAAUUUUAGGGGACAAGAGCGAGUUCAUACGACGCCGUCCUGGGGAAAAAUAUCAUUCCGAUUGCUUGGUAAAAAAAGUAAAACACCCUACUAGUAUUAUGGUGCAAUCAUGGUGAUAUCCAGCAAAGGCAUGGAACGCUUUCAUAUCGUCCAGGGGACAACGAAACAAGACCAAUACAAGCAAAUCUUAGAAAGUCGGCUGUUGUCUCAGGUUGCUGAUUGGUACCCGGAAGGUCAAGAAUAUGUGUUCAUGUACGAUUCCGCUUCGUGUCACAAAGUCAGAAGUAUUACAGCGUUCCUCGUUCAAAACCAAGUACCAGUUCUGCCAUGGCCAGGACCUGAUAUGAACCCUAAGAUUGAAAACCUGUGGGAACUCAAACGGAUAGCCAAAGAAAUCAUAACAACUAAGCACCAACUUAUUGACAAACUGAUACAAGUAUAGCACCACUCUCCUGAAUUAAAAGAAAAUUUAAAAUCAUGCAUUGAGAGCAUGCCACAUCGCAUCAAAGCCCUUAUUGUAGCGAAAGGCGGUGUGACAAAAUAUUAAUUAAUUAAUUUGUACACAUUGCUUGUAUGAAACAAUAAAUAUUUUCUACUUGGAUGUGAUACUUUUUCAUUAUAAAUGUAGUAAAACAACAUUAAAAUAAGUUUCCAGUCAUAUUUUCACUAAAAAGCACUUGCAAAUAUUGUUACGUCCAGCGGACUCACGCUGCCUCUUUUCUCUUUCU